GGUUCCAAAGAAAACAUUUCCAAUUAUAGACCAAUUUCUAUUUUACCCACCAUCUCUAAAAUUUUUGAAAAACAUAAUAUCUCCAUUAAUAUUAAGACCUUUUUUAAUAAUUUCAAUUUAUUUUAUAUUAACCAGUCGGGUUUUGGACAGAACUAUUCUUGUUCUACAGCACCAAUUCGGAUUACUGAUAAUUGA